GGCAGGGCAGGGCAGCCGCUCCGCCCCGGCCCCCCCCGCCUCCAGCCGCUUUCCGGCUCAGCGGGCAGCGCCCGGUGACGGAGCCUCUUGCGUCGCCGCGGUGCCUUGGCCCGGCCUCCCUCCCCCUCCCCCGGGCAGGGUUGUGUAACCGGGCUCCUCAGGCCCGGGGCAGAAGCAGGAGCAGCAGCAGCUCGGCUGGACCCGGGGGGUGACCCUCCAGCAGAUCUUCCUGCAGGGAGGAAUGUGUGUCUUGUGAGCAGCAGCUGUGGGACAUCUUCUUUUUGGGAUCCAUAUGCUGUAAAGCACCCAGAGCACCAGCCAGGAACCCCUGAGGUCUGAGGAGAAGAGCCAGGAUGUCACAUCACACCAUUCACCUGUUCCGGAAGGGACUUCGGCUCCAUGACAACCCAACCCUGCUGGCUGCCCUGGAGUCCUCAGAGGUCAUCUACCCUGUCUACAUCCUGGAUGGGAAGUUCAUGACCUCAGUCAUGCACAUGGGGACCCUGAGGUGGCAUUUUCUGCUGCAGUCCCUGGAAGAUCUCCAGAAGAACUUGUGUCAGCUGGGUUCCUGCUUGCUGGUUCUUCAAGGAGAGUAUGAACCUGUUCUUAGAGAUCACGUCCAGAAGUGGAAGAUCACCCAAGUGACUCUGGAUGCAGAGAUGGAACCAUUUUACAAGGAGAUGGAGGCCAACAUACGACGUCUGGGAGAUGAGCUGGGCUUUGAGGUGCUUUCUCUGGUGGGCCACACUCUGUACAAUACCCAACGGAUUUUGGAGCUGAACGGUGGGAAUCCUCCCCUGACCUACAAGAGGUUCCUUCACAUUCUGUCCCUGCUGGGUGACCCGGAGGUGCCAGUCAGAAGUGUCACAGCUGAAGACUUCCAGAGAUGUAGGCCCCCUGACCCGGGCCUGGCUGGGUGUUACAGGGUGCCUCUCCCUGUGGAUUUGAAGAUCCCCCUGGAGAACCUUUCCCCCUGGAGAGGAGGGGAGACCGAGGGGCUGCGGCGCCUGGAGCGACACUUGACUGACCAGGGCUGGGUGGCAAGUUUUACCAAACCCAGGACAAUCCCCAAUUCUCUGCUUCCAAGCACCACGGGCCUGAGCCCCUACUUCAGCUUGGGCUGCUUGUCAGUUCGUACCUUCUUCUAUAGAUUGGCCAACAUUUAUGCUCAGGCCAAGGAUCACUCUCUGCCCCCAGUGUCACUCCAAGGGCAGCUUCUGUGGAGGGAAUUCUUCUAUACGGUGGCAUCAGCCACACCCAACUUCACCAGGAUGGCUGGGAACCCCAUCUGCCUCCAGAUCAGCUGGUACGAGGACGCAGAGCAGCUCCACAAGUGGAAAACGGCACAGACAGGCUUCCCAUGGAUUGAUGCCAUCAUGACCCAGCUGCGCCAGGAGGGCUGGAUCCACCACCUGGCCCGACACGCUGCCGCCUGCUUCCUGACCCGGGGGGACCUGUGGAUCAGCUGGGAAGAGGGCAUGAAGGUUCAGUCUUGGGUGUUUGAGGAGCUGCUCUUGGAUGCUGACUACAGCAUCAAUGCUGGGAACUGGAUGUGGCUCUCAGCCAGUGCCUUCUUCCACCAGUACACACGGAUCUUCUGCCCAGUUCGCUUUGGGAAGCGCACGGACCCCCAGGGCCACUACAUCAGGAAAUACCUGCCUGUACUAAAGAACUUUUCCUCCAAGUACAUCUAUGAGCCCUGGACAGCAUCUGAGGAGGAGCAGAAGGAAGCAGGAUGUAUCAUAGGCCAGGAUUACCCCUUCCCGAUGGUGAACCACACCGCAGCCAGUGCUCACAACCUGCAGAGGAUGCAGCAGGUCCGGGAGGAGCAGCACAGAACAGCCCAGCUCACCAGAGAUGAUACAGAUGACCCCAUGGAAAUGAAGGUAAAACGUGACCACUCUGAAGAAAACGUGUCAAGAGGAAAAGUGACCAGGAUGAGAGAACAAACAGAGGUCCCAUCAGAGACUGCCCUUGGGGAGCCAAAAAAUGGCCAAGGGGGAGACCCAGAGGAGAGUUGAGCUGUGCAAGAUCUACUGGGUCCCUUGCCCUGCAGAUCAGGGAAUCAUGGAAUGGUUUGGGUUGGAGGGACCUUCAAGAUCAUCCAGAUCCAACCCCCUGCAUGGGCAGGGACACCUCCCACCAGCCCAGGUUGCUCCAAGCCCCAUCCAACCUGCCCUUCAACACUGCCAGGGAUGGGGCAGCCACAGCUUCCCUGGGCAACCUGGGCCAGGCUCUCCCCACCCUCACACCAAAGAAUUUCCUCCUCAUGUCCAGUCUGGGCAGAGAAGAAUCAGUUGAACAUUUGCACAUGAGUAUGAUCCCCCAUGAGUAGCAGAAUCUGGUAGAGACAGAGGGUUCGAGAUGUUCAGAGAUGGGUUUUAGGUUCAGAGUUUCUGCUGCCAGUGCCCAGUUUGGGGAGACAGAGCAGAACCCACCCCUUGUCCUGUAAGAUCCCCUCUCAGCCUUGUCCUCUCCAGACUAAUCAGCCCCAGGUCUCUCAGCAUUUCCUCAGCAGACACGUGUUCCAGUCCCUCCACCAUCCCUGUGGCCCAACCAUUGCAGCCCCAUUCUAUGGCCUGGUUUCCUUAAUUAGCACUGAUGAGUAAACAUGAUGGAGUCACAAAACGGAGCAGCUGGAGCAGAUCUUGCCCCUCAACCUGUGUCAUCAUCUCACUUGUCUCCAUCUUCUCAGGAAGCUCUUUUGGGAUGCAAACCAGGCUUUGUUGGGGGGUUCCCAGGGAUGUUUGACACCACUUCCCACAGACCUGGGUCCUGGAGGCUGGUCCCUCACAAGAACAUUGCAAGGAGUGUCCCUCAGUCAGGGCUGGGCCACAACUCCCUGCAGCUCAGCUCUUCUCCCUGGCUCAUUCCUCUUGGAUGGGUGGGUAGAUACAACCUCUAUCAUGUAGCUCCUGUUAAAAAAGUCACCCUUCCAUGGGAGUGUCUCAUCAUGAAGGUUCACAAGGUUGGAUCAGUCAAUGAUCUCUGUUAGGGGUGGGGUUGGGCUGGAGCUGAGUGGGGUUUGUUUUUUUUAAAGAAAUAAAAAGAAUUUCUGAUGGGAGAA